ACAAUCCGGACUGAAAUCAAACUAGUUGAUGCUGCGAGAAGUUACAGACACACACAUCUAAUGGAGAAAGGAGAGAAAGAUAGAAAACCCAUAAACACCUAACUGCACCAAGAAGAUUAGCUACCAAAAACCAGUUCCCCAUUCUGAACUCCUCCUCGUUUUAUACUCCCAACCUAUUAAUUUCCUCUUUUUCCCUCUGCCUCAAUCUCUCUGUAUAUAGAUAUUACAAAACCCUAAUCAUUCAUGAUGGAGAAUUAUCACUUAUAUGAGAAACGCGCAAUUCCAAAGUCUAAGGCUCCUGCUACCAGAUGGUUUAAGGAAUGGGUACCCCAAGAUGUUAUCUCAACUGGAGGGAAGUGCAAAAUUUUGAAAUGGGUGACAGAGGAUACGAUAAAGGGAUUAAAGGCAAAAGUUAAAGAACCACGUGCAGAAGAACAAGAACCAGAACCAAGUACAGAAGUUUUAUUUCUCUGUAGUUAUGAUGGCUGUGGUAAAACGUUCAUUGAUGCGGGGGCACUGAGGAAGCAUUCUCACAUCCAUGGGGAGAGACAAUAUGUUUGUCAUUAUGAGGGAUGUGGAAGGAAAUUUUUGGAUAGUUCCAAGCUGAAAAGACACUUUCUUAUUCACACAGGAGAGAGGGAUUUUGUAUGUCCUCAUGAAGGUUGUGGGAAGGCUUUCUCGUUGGAUUUCAACUUAAGGGCACACAUGCGAACCCAUUCGCAAGAAAAUUAUCACAUUUGCCCAUAUGCUGAUUGUGGGAAGAGGUAUGCUCACGAGUACAAGCUGAAAACGCACAUUAAAUCCCACCAUGAAAAGCAGAAUUCUCCAAAUAAUCCCGUUAAACAUACUCCACCUGUUGAGAAGACACUUGCUGCUGUAAAACCUCCUGCGGUUGUUUAUGGCUCUGCUUCCUCUGACCGUCCUUACGCAUGUCCUUAUGAAGGAUGUGAUAAAUCAUACAUUCAUGAGUAUAAGCUCAACCUCCAUCUGAGAAGAGAACACCCUGGUCACAACCCUGAAGAGCAUGUUGGCAAACGAGCUCGUGAAGCUGACAAUGAAAUGGAUGAAGGCAGUGACCAAGAUAUGUAUGGCGGAAAAAGCAGCAGUGGAAAGAAUGUCAAACGAGCCAAAACAAAGCCAGUCCCUAAGACUGUAACUCCAAAAGUUGUCCCUCAGAGGAAAGCACCGGCAGUUAUUCCUACAAAUUAUAGCUUAACUAGAAAACCGUUGCCUAGCAAAGAAGCUUAUGAGGAAGAAGAUAGUGAAGAAACUGAAGAGGAGGAUCAUGAUAAUGUGGACGAGGAUGGAUGGAGGUAUGCAGAAAACAAUGAUGAUGAUGAGGAGACUGACGAGGAUUAAAUUCAGCCUUCAUUCUUUUCUCAAAUUGUAAGUUAGAUCAAACUCCAUUAGUCAUGACUAUCUCUUUGUUAAGUGAUGAUAAGUAUGACUCUUCACAGCGCGGUCUUAACACAUUUCAUCUGGCUAAAUUUUUUUAUCCUCUUCGAGGCAUAUAUAAUAUAAGAGGGGAAAUUAGAGAAAUUUCCUAUUUGGCGCG